UUUCUUAAUGUUGAACUGAAAAUUCCCAUCUUAAAAAAAUUGUGUACUUUAACUUUUUCACCAUGUGACCUUAUUUAUCUGAGUUUAUUCUCCAUGAGUAUUUAAACUACAUCCUCAGUUGAUUGUACAAGUUCAAAUUUAUUACUAAUUAAACACUAUUUUGUUGGUCAAGUCAAAAGCUAAUGAGUAUUAAGAACCUUCAAGAACAGUUAUCUCUUAAAAAUGUUAAACACUUUCAAUACAUUGAUAACUUAAUAUCAUGGUUUUGUACUAUUUCUUCUUUUCUAUAGAAUAAAAUGACAAUAAUGUACAACGGUUGGAUAUGGAGAAAAUAUAAUUCCCUUAUAUUUAUUGUAUUACUUACAGAAAUUUAUAUAUAUUUAUGCAAAUAUUAUUAUCCAGAUUUAUUGUAUAUCAAUUUUCUAAAUGGAGUUAAUGGUCAAUUAAAUCUUUGGGUAGAUCGUCAAUUAGUUAUACAGAUUAUUGAAUCAAUGCCAAAUAAUCAAAAUAUCCCAAGUAAAUUACGUUGUCCAAGAAGACUACCUGAAAUUCAUAGACAUAUACCCGAACAUUUGUUCCUUGUUUUCAAUGGACUACUUUUACACGAAGCACUGGAUCGCAUUUCAUUAUCUGCCCAUAGACCUAUCCCUCCACGCAUUGAUAUGUUGCGCGUUAAGUGGAGAGCUGGUUUUGAACGUUUAACUUACAAUAUUGAUUUGAAGUCAAUGAACCAUACACUUCUGCAUACCCCACUUCUAAAUAUUGCCAAGUCUGGUUAUAUACCAGCUACUCAGUCAGAUGUACAAAUUUCCCUACCAUGUACUGGAAGAUUUACUGGUAUAGCUCCGUUUCAAGUGAGACUAGAUGUUCAAAGAGAAUUUGAAGGUUUAAGGAAAAUUCCACCAAUUUCAUUUAUCGUAUACAAAUACUGUCUUAGUGCAUCUCAACACACACGAUUCAUUAUCAAAUGCGAAUGUCGCGCUCAAUGCUUACAAUCAAACACAUACAACCACCGACAUUCAAUUCGAAAGCGUUGUAUCCGACGUUGUAGAAAACGUUUUGAACUAAAUAAUCCAAACCCGAAACAGAUUAAAUGA